AGAAACAUGACACAGCGUUCACACUUCCUGUUUGACUCAGCGGCCACGACACCAGGACAGUAUAAAAGAGGCGGUAGGGAAACGAGAGGCCAGAAUGGAGCCUUCGCAAAGAAGAGACAACUUCCGCUUAUACAGGCAGGACUACAGAUCACCAAACAUGGAGACCCUGAGAAGCGCAAGGAAAGGCGACUUGGGUGAAGCCGGCAGUGAUUUAUCCGAGCAAAUCAAACUCGCCACUAAGGAAAACCACGUCAGAGCUGAAAACACAGAGCUGAUGCUCAGCUACCAGAAGGGCCAGAUUACUCUGAAACAAUACAAGGUCCUGAUGUUUUCCCUCUACGAGAUCUACAAAGCUCUAGAGGAAGAGCUGGACAGGAAUUCCUCCCAUCCCGCCGUGGCUCCCAUUUACUUCCCUCAGGAGCUGGCUCGCUUGGAAUCGCUGGAACGAGAUCUGGAGUAUUUUUUUGGCCACGACUGGGAGAAGAGAGUGAUUGUCCCCGCAGCGACGCAAAGAUACAAACAGAGGCUGAGAAAGAUCGGUCAGGAGAACCCUGAGCUGCUCGUCGCCCACGCCUACACCCGCUACCUCGGCGACCUGUCGGGGGGUCAGGUGUUGGGGAAAAUCACCCAGAAAUCUCUGGGGCUGAGCAGCAAAGAGGGACUGUCGUUCUUCUCCUUCCCUGGCGUGAGCAGCCCCAACCGCUUCAAGCAGCUGUACAGGAGCCGCAUGAACAGCGUGGAGCUGACCGAGGGGGAGAAGGCGGCCGUGCUGGAGGAGGCGGUGGAAGCUUUCGAGCUGAACAUCCAGGUUUUUGAUGACUUGCAGAAAAUGCUGAGCAUCGCCACAGAAACGGACCAAUCAGGAAGUGGCGUGGGAGCUGCCGGGUUCACGGCGUCUCCCGUCCUGCAGCUCACAGUGGGACUGUGUGUUGCCCUGGCAACCGUUGGGGCUGCAGUGUAUGGGGUGUAGAAAUGUGGAUUUUAUAAUCAGCAUGCAGAUCGAGCACUUUACACACUAAAUCAGGGGUUCCCAAAGUGUGGCUCGGGGGCCACUUUUGACUCUUAAAGUGAUUUUGUUUGGGCCUUGACCAUAAGUCAAAAGAUUUGACCCCCACAAAUAUGGAUGUUUUUUUUCUCUCUUUUAUUAAGGCCCUUUUUAUGUUAAAGAUAUUCUGAUUUCAUACAAAUUGUUAAGCAGGAAAAAAAUAACAAUUACACAAACAUUUUUUUCAGUUUUAAUGUAUUUUGUCACCCCUCUGGUAGUUUAGCCAUUUUUGUUUUCCUCUUGACAAAACGUUUGGUGGAAACUGCACUAAAUAAUUAAUAUGGAAGUCUUUAGUUGACUUGCACAGAAGAAACAGAAACUUCUCUCCCUGUACAAUAUACUUUACAAAGGUUAAAUUUUAAAUUUGUCUUCUUGUAAACAAACUUCAAUGUCUUUUUUUUAUGGGGAUUUAAUGUAGUUAAUCAACAAAGGAGUGUAUAACUGUGAAAUGUAAUAAGGAAUGAUGUAUGGUUUUGAAAUUAUUUUGAAAUAAAAAUAAAAAAAUAAAUAAAAUGGUGCUCCGAACACUUUUUACUGCACCGAUUGUCCGAAACUACCAACACUAAUUGGCUGGAUCUCCCUCAUUAUUGGGAAUGAAUAUUUUUGCACUUAUUUUACGCUAUGUAUUUUUUAUUCGUCAUUAUGUUGCACAAAUGUUUAUUUUUUUAAAUAAUAAUUUUCAAAGCAAUUUAAAAAAACCAAUGGGUUGAGUUCUAUUGACAGACAGUAAAAUCCAAUUGAAUUCAGUGACGUUUCUGGUUCAGU